AUGGUCAUGCUUGGUACCAGUGUGGAUGGAAUGGUUGAGUGUUCAAGUUGUGGUGACAGAUGCCUGGACAACAAGUGUCCAUUUUCACACAGGGAGAAGACUGUUGAAAAGUACGUUCAACAGCCUGAUUCUUGUCUAGAGAAUUCCCUUUCAACAGAUACCAAGUACCGAUUAAAGCCUGGGCAUAAAUAUUACACACAGGUUCAACAUCAAUUAUUCAUUACUGGUUCUUCAUCUGCUGAUUUUGUGGUGUAUUUGCCAAAGGAAUCCUGCACUGUAAGUGUAACAAAAGAAACCAGUUAUUCUGAAGUUUCCGUACCACUCUUAGUAGAUUUCUUCCAACAUCACCUGCUGCCUGAAUUACUUGGUCGGGACAUAUUAAAAAAGUAUAUUUGCAAGGAAAUCCUAAGUGAAAUUGUAAAAUAUGCAACAAACAUUGUUGAUAAUAAAAAAGUGCAAAAGAAGUUAGAUAGUUUAGCGUCUGGUGUCACUUCCAGCACUGUGCAUCUGCAAGCAAAGAAAUCAAAGAAGACGUGA